AUGUCUGGAGAGUUGAUCAUCAAAGAUAAGGACCAGGCCAUGAUCGAUGGCUCGGACGUCUUUGCUCUGCCCCCAGCUGCCUAUAGUCCUUCGAAAGUGAAUGAUGCUAGCAGGAGGUCAUCCAAGUCGGACCCCUCGGUAUUCUUCCCUGCAUCACCGACAUCACCGCGACUUGAUCCGGGCCGCAAUGCGAACCCUCCGUCGCAGGCCGGUUUCAAGAGACCCCUCGAGGAUCUAGACCUCCCUCCUCCUCCCACCCGAACCCGCAAGAUCAUUCAGAUGAAACCAAAGACCCAGACCUCGCCGAAACCUGCUGCAGCUCCCGCAAAACCCGCUUCAAAGGGGAACACAAAGGCCCCCGCCAAUAACACUUCACCGGCCGCUUCCAAAAAGAAGCAACCAAGUGCCACCAGCGCAGCAGGACGGAAGAUCGCACGAAAGACGGCGCACAGCUUGAUCGAGCGGCGACGGAGGUCGAAAAUGAACGAGGAGUUUUCGACCCUGAAGAAUAUGAUCCCGGCUUGUCAGGGACAGGAGAUGCAUAAGCUGGCCAUCCUACAGGCCAGCAUUGAUUAUGUCAACUACCUCGAGAAAUGCAUUCAAGGUCUCAAAACCCCCGGUGAACACAAACCGCUGGCACCACCAUCGUUACCCGCCGCUCCCCUAUCACCAACAUCUCCCGAGUUCCUCGGGGAGGUCCAAGGCAGCACAUACUCCGCAUCGGUGUCACCCGAAGUACCCCCACACAGCGUAGCCAGCACCUCUCCAAUGUACUCCCCUCGAAGCGGGAUCCCCUUGGCCGGCGCAACAUCAGAUAUCCCACCGUCGAUCUUGCCAAGUCCUGCGCUGGGACCAGUUCGGACCAACGAGCGCACGAUGGGCCCCGGCUCCGCUUGCAGCUCCUGGGCUAUUCCGUCUGCCACAACCUCGCCUGCUAUCCAACCCCGCUUCUCCAACGCCUCUUCUGCCGACAUGGACCAUGAAGCUUCCGCCGCGCUGCUCAUGCUGAACCGGGACCCUCGAGGAUCAAUCGACUCUGGCCAUGGCGGCUCGGCAAGCUCGUCUGCCUCUCGCGAGGACGAGAGGCACAAGAUUCCUGACCAGCAGCGCAAGAGGAUGAGCGUGAUGGAUCUGUUGAUUUCCUAA